GCGCUCCCCCUCUGUGACUUAUGUAAGCAGAUCUAUCUAGGUCACGUGCUGCGCCAUGAUGCAAAAAUCGCAAGUGACGCCGCUGGGAUAUGCCAAGCGCUGGCCUUGAAAACAAACCGACGCCUCAACUUGCGCCUGCUUUCACUUUCCCCAAGAUACCAUCAAACCACCUUCUCCUCAUCUUUUCCACUGCCUCUCCUUGACACACCACGGCUCUCAAGACUGUGGUUCUGUCAUAAUCACAACAUUUCUCAUCGACCUCCCCCUCCUGACUUCGUAUCAGAGAUCCCAACAAGACCACAACAACAAUGGCGGAAGCUGCUUCGAACAUUCCAACCUUCAAACUCGUCUUGGUCGGCGAUGGCGGUACUGGAAAGACCACAUUCGUCAAGCGCCACCUGACAGGAGAGUUCGAAAAGAAAUAUAUCGCCACCCUCGGUGUCGAAGUUCAUCCUCUGGGAUUCUCAACCAACCUUGGGCCGAUCCAGUUCGAUGUGUGGGACACCGCAGGUCAAGAGAAGUUUGGUGGUCUUCGAGACGGUUACUACAUCAACGGGCAAUGUGGCAUCAUCAUGUUCGAUGUCACUUCUAGAAUCACAUACAAAAAUGUCCCCAACUGGCACCGUGAUCUCGUGCGCGUCUGCGAAAACAUUCCCAUCGUCCUCUGCGGAAACAAAGUCGAUGUGAAGGAACGCAAAGUCAAGGCCAAGACCAUCACAUUCCACCGCAAGAAAAAUCUUCAAUAUUACGACAUUUCGGCCAAAUCCAACUACAACUUCGAGAAACCCUUCCUCUGGCUGGCGCGGAAAUUGGUCGGCAACCCCCAACUCGAGUUCGUGGCUGCUCCGGCUCUUGCACCACCCGAAGUUCAGAUCGACCAGGCACAACUCGACCAAUAUCACAAGGAGAUGACUGAGGCUGCGGCGAUGCCUCUGCCUGAUGAAGAAGACCCUGAUUUGUAAACAAUGACAGCCGAUGCUCUGCGCUCGGGCUGUGAUGUUGCGAACCAGAGGAUAUCAAUGGUCUAGGAAUUGGUCUAGCGAGACGACAGAAAGAAGGUCGUGCUGUUGCCAUCAUAUGAUUAGAACGAAGGGGGACGGCUGCUGUGGACGCAUCGAGCUUCUCUGGCGGUGGCUUCCGCCUUUACGGAAGUGAUGCCGGAUGAGAAUGGUGCGGAAGUCUUGAGGGAGUGAUCCAACGCGCUUGGCAAGGAGGAAAAGACGCCAGAGCGAAGAAACGACCUUUGCCUCCUCCCAUGCGAAACGAAUGGCCCUUGCAAUCAAUCAUCUUGGGUGUGACUGCUCUUAGCUUUUUUAGACUAGCUUUAGCAUAGCGAGAUGAGAAAGAUCAUUGCUUCAACCAAAACUAAGA